AUGACUAUCUGGUUGUUCAAAGAAGUAGAUUCGCUAGCAUUGGUCUCUGCUAGACUCGAUGGCUUAACGAGGGACUUAAAGUACAAUAGUACUGAGGCGAAGAAAUUGCGAUUAGAAAACCGAAAAA